UGCCGAAAUGAAAAUUACACUGCGAGUUCGCGCGUCCUCCGCGCGCUUCUGCCUUCUGCUCGUGAUCCUCGUGGGUCUCUGCACGAGCGCGACGGUGCACGCGAGAUCGGCCGGCAAUGUGAACGACAGCACGACGUCCACCGGCACCAAUUGCGAUCAGGUCCAAAAGAUCUUCCACUCGAAAAACAUCACGUUCAUUCCGACCGUCGAAGAUUCUCCAAACACGAUAUGCGGCAGCAAUUGUUGCGGCGAGGAGAUGGAGAAGCUAUUGAAACAACAAUCCCGGGCGAAAUUUCACAGUAUGAUUCACCAUCACAGUAAAACUCUGCAGGGUCUCCUGGAUACAACCGCUAAGGUUCUCAGAGAAACGGUGAUCGCUCUGCUGAGAAAGUCGGAGAACAAGACUCUGACCAUGUUCGAUCAAGUAUAUCGCUCGAUGGCGGUGCAGAGCAGACCGUCUAUCCGGGCGCUCUACCAGGCGCUGGUGGACUACGUGUCGCCCGCCAACACUCCCGACAAUCUGCAGCAACCGGUAUCGCGGGAGAUGCUGCAGGAACGAUUUGCCGAGUUCUUCACGCAGCUCUUCCCCAUCGCCUAUCACAAUGCCAUUAAUCCGGAGCAGGAUCAACAGGAUUUCACCGACAAGUUCAAGGCCUGCCUGAACCAAACGAUGGAGGACGUGCAACCGUUUGGUGACGUGCCGCAAGAAAUAUUUAAACAGAUCGGCAAGAGCCUCGAAGCAACUAGGGUGUUAGUUCAGGCUUUAACUGUCGGCAAAACCGUUCUGGAAAAGACCGAUAGCGUGCUGUUCAUCGCUGACAGAAGCAGUCCUCAGCAGGAGGCUUGUUACGAUGUUCUGCUCAGAAUGUCCUAUUGUGCCAGGUGCAAGGGGAUUAAGAGCGCGAUGCCUUGUGUCGGAUUUUGCAUCAAUGCAAUAAGAGGCUGUCUGUCGACGGAACCGACGUUCGAACUAGAUCUCGCUUGGUCUGGUUACGUAGAGGCGGUCGAGAGGCUCGUUGCGGCAAUCGACAGCGACACUAAUUCUUUGGGCCUGAAUCUCAAAGAAGCCGUCAGGAAAUUGGACUCGCGCAUUUCGGACGCUAUCAUGCACGCGAUGGAGAUCGGUCCCCAGCUCGAGGAGAAGGUGAGAAAGGUGUGCGGUCGUUCGGAGUUGUUGCCGCCGGGCGAGAAAAGCCCGGUGUCCUCGGACGCAGCUGCGAAAUCAACUGCGUCCCUCAGCGCGCACGCAACCGUGGUGAAGAACUCGCCUCAUGGCGGCCCGCUGGACGAUUUGCACAAACAGCUUGGUAACUUCCUGGCAAGUGUCGUCAGGUCUCGUAUCUUCUAUGGCACGCUGGCGGAGACGGUCUGCGAGGAGUACGGCGACACACAUUGCUGGAACGGCGAACGUGUUGGGGAAUACGCAAAAACCGUGGUAGAUGUCAGUCCGAACGCUCAACGAUACAAUCCUGAGUUCACGGUAACGAUGAUGUCAACGCCGGCUACUUAUGCCGGCAAUGCGAACACCACCGCGCUCAUUGAUCAAUUGAGGCACAUUAAUCAGGUGGUGCAAUCUCAAUUGGCGACGUCGCCCGACGGUGGUGCUUUCCUGGGCGACGAGGCCCUCGAAGGUUCCGGAAGCGGUGACAAACCGGCCUGGCCGCACGGCAGGAUCGACGAUGACGAGGAUGUUCACAACGACGAUCGCGAUGACGACGAGGCGUCCGGCUCCGGAAUGGGUCCGACAUUCCGGACGACAACAGAUACCUCGGUAAAUACUCAUCCGGACCCGUCUCAAUCCGGCUCGUCGACGAUCUUGCUGUCAUCCGUCAUCCUCGCUGUCGCCUGCGCAACUCUUGUCGCUUAAUCGGCCGCAUUUGCUGGACCGAGGAAAAACGGAUAUUUCAAUUUUCACGGCCAACGUAGACGAUGUAGAUAAGGAAAGUUAGACUAUAGAUUUUAUCGCGAUCAGCACAGAUCGUUAGUAGAUCGAGCGGAUUCUUUCGGCGCUUAUACACGUCAAUAGAAGGAGUUUCAGCGGCCGCGCCGGAAUCGUAUAAAUAACGCCCCGCUGAAAGAGGAAGAGAGAAGGAAAUAAUUUAUCGGCGACACAUUGGGCAGCGAAGCGAACUGUUCCUGCCUCGAUUCCGCUGGAAGGACACGAGCGGUUUUACAGUGAUAUAUCGAUGCGCGAGGAGAGAGAGCGAGAGAGAGAAAUAGAGUGUAAAGGUAUACGAAAAAUAAAGAAGGGGAAAGUUUCACAUACGGCGAAACGAGAGGAAACUGAAAGAAACGACGGGCAAACCGCGCGCGUCUCAGACGUCGCGCUUGUAAAACGCGACGAUAAAUUUUGCGAUGCCUCCGAGUUGAAAUCCCGACAGAAACAUCAGUUCCAAAACGUGGGAAAAUGAAUAUUGUGAAACUGAAACAAGAUAAAAAAAACAAAAAAAAACAAAAGUGUGGUGCCUUCCUUUUGUGUUAAUCCCGAAUUUGAAAUCUAAAAACAA